AUGCGUAGUGGCAAAUAGCCCGGGAACGCGGCGUUUCGGAAGGCAGGAGCCGCUCCAGCCGCGAGGCCGGCAGCUGUUCGGCCCCAACGCCCGCUUCGGAGCAGGAUUUCGUGGGAAAGGAGCUGCGGAGGGAGAAUUCGGCAAUCGGACAACCUCCUUUGCCUGUGGCCGCGGAGCGAAGCGGAAGUGCCGCCAUUUUAGAGAGUCCAGGGAAUCGCAUCGACGCAAGCGUAGGUCAUAGAGAAAGAUCUAAAGAAGCAUCUGGUGGUUACCAUGGCAGAGUCAGAGAACCUUGAGGUGAUGAUAAAAACCUUGGACUCUCAGACAAGGACCUUCACAGUGGAGGAAGAGGUCACGGUGAAAGAGUUCAAGGAGCACAUUGCGGGCUCAGUCAACAUUCCCUCCGAAAAGCAGCGCCUCAUCUAUCAAGGGAGAGUCCUACAAGAUGACAAGAAGUUAAAAGAAUACAAUGUUGGAGGCAAAGUCAUCCACCUGGUGGAACGCGCACCGCCCCAGACCCAGUCGCCCUCCUUGGGGGGUCCUUCAGGCGCAGGCUUGUCCUCUCCCCCUCACAACAACACAGGAACCCGGGGGUCAGGUUCCACUGUCCACGACCGCAAUGCCAACAGCUACGUUAUGGUGGGAACCUUCAACUUACCAGUAAGCAUUAUGGACCCACAGCCACCCACACAAAAUGAUGGAUCAUCUGUGGACGUUCAUAUAAAUAUGGACCAGGCUCCUAUACAGAGUGAACCUCGUGUCCGUCUUGUUAUGGCCCAGCAUAUGUUACGGGACAUUCAAGGUAUCCUGAACCGACUAGAGGGUAGUACCAGUGACCACGCUGCCUCGGGCCCCGAGGAUACCCCAUCUGCCAGCCCCACUGAAAGGGAGCCAAUGGCAGGUGCUGAAUCUGAGCCUCCCAGGGAGCCCACGCCAGCUGAGGAAACGCCACCGUCUGGGAGUGAGCCGCCCCCUGGGGCCGAGGCAGGCGCCCCCAACCACCCAUCACCCGGCGAGUAUGUGGAAGUUCUGGGGGAGCUCCGUGGGUUGGAAAGCAGACUCCAGCCCUUCCUGCAGAGAUACGAGGAGGUCCUGGGAACUGCUGGCACGGCUGACUAUAACAACAACACGGAAGGGCGUGAAGAGGACCAGCGCAUCAUCAACCUGGUGGGGGAGUCGCUGCGCCUUCUGGGCAACACCUUCGUGGCCCUCUCAGACUUGCGUUGCAAUCUCUCCUGCAGCGCCCCCCGCCACCUCCACGUGGUGCGGCCGAUGUCCCAUUACACGGCCCCCAUGGUUCUGCAGCAGGCUGCCAUCCCCAUCCAGAUUAAUGUUGGAACCACCGUCACCAUGACGGGCAACGGUGGUCGUGCCGUCCAGACCAACUUGGAAGGCUCCUCGGCUGCCCAGGCCGCUCCUACGGCUCAGCCUCGCACUUCCAGCCCCGUUGAGUCGACCCAGCCACCCGAAGGCUCGCCUCCUUCCCUCUCCCCCGGUGCCACCCCUAUUCAGACGCAGGCCUCUCAAACAGGGCACCCCCGGGUGAUCCGCAUCUCCCACCAGACGGUCGAGCCGGUGGUCAUGAUGCACAUGAACAUCCAGGACUCUGGUUCCCAGUUGGGCAGCGGUAGUUCUGGGGGAGCGCCGUCGAUGGGGCCUGCUGGUCCAACUGGACACCCCCAAGGGAUGGGUGGCGGUGCCCACAUGCCCCUUCCCAGCCUCCCACCAGAGUUCAUGCAGGCCGUAGCCCAUCAGAUAACGCAACAGGCCAUGGCGGCAGCAGCCUCAGCAGCUACAGGCCAGCAGGUCCCCAGCUUCCCGUCAGCUCCCACACGCGUCGUGAUUGCUCGACCUUCUGCUCCUUCUGUGCGGCCCCCCCACUCGGGACCUCCCCAGGCAGCAGGACAAGGGGGCCCUGGCCUGGGUGGGAACGCGUCCUUGGCCCAGAUGAUCAGCGGACUGGUGGGACAGCUUCUCAUGCAGCCUGUGAUCGUGGCUCAAGGCAGUGGGGCUUCCUCGUCGGCCUCUCCCUCUGCCAGCAGCCAAGCUACCUUCAGCACCAGCAGUUCUGCCUCCCCUCCCACAGCCUCAGCCAGCGCGGGCACCACCAACACGGCCACGACUGCCGCAGGGGGCAGUUCCUCAGGGGCCCCAGGAGGGCCCAUCCACUCCGGCCAGCCUCCUGCAGCUGCCACGGAGCUCCAGUUUUCUCAGCUCCUGGGGAACAUCCUUGGCGCUGCGGGCUCCAGCAUGGCAGGGGUGGCAGGGGUGGGGUCUCCCACCAUCACCGUGGCUAUGCCAGGCGUGCCAGCUUUUCUGCAAGGCAUGACAGACUUCCUUCAGGCGACGCAGAUGGGGGGAGGCCCCCCCCAGCCGCCCGAGCAGCCGGCGCCUCCCCCGCAGCCGGCGGCCUCUCCUUCGCCCCCUCCCCCCUCGGCCCCCCAAGGCGGACCGGAGGGGAUCUCGGCCGGCCUGGGAAGUGGCAGUGGCCACGGUGGCCGUGGCGGCGCCUCAGCGGAUGCUUUGCCUCUGGAGUUCUUCACCAGCGUGGUCCAGGGGGUGCUCUCCUCCAUGAUGGGCUCCCUCAGCGCCCAGCAGGGCAGCACGGAGAGCAUCGCCGACUUCAUCCAGCGCCUGAGCGGCACCAGCAACAUCUUUGAGCCGGGCACGGAGGGCGCUCUGGGCUUCUUCGGAGACCUGCUGUCUUUGAUCUGCCAGAACUUCUCUAUGGUUGACAUGGUGAUGCUGCUUCACGGCCAGUUUCAGCCGCUGCAGCGGAUUCAGCCCCAGCUGAGCCGCUUCUUCCGGGAAGAGUACCUGCGAGGCCAGGAGCCCACCGACCGCAAUGUCCGGGCGGCCACGUACAAUUUGAUUAAUGGCUUGGAGGAGUACGUCCGGGAGAGUUUUGCCUCUGUCCAAGUCCACGAUGGGGUUGACAUUACCCGCACCAAUCUGGAGUUCCUGCAGGAGCAGUUCAAUCGCAUCGCCACGCAUAUCUUGCACUGCACCGAUCACACCUUUGGAUACCGACUGCUCGAGCUGUGUAACCAGGGUCUCUUUGAGUGCUUGGCGCUGAAUCUGUACUGCUUGCGAGGGGAGCAGACAGCCCUCACCACAGUCAUCAACGACCGCAUUAGGCGAAUGUCAGCAGACAUGAACCCGUCCCUGGUGAGCUGGCUCACCACAAUGAUGAGCAUGCGCUUGCAGGUGAUCCUGGAGCACAUGCCGGUCACCGAGGAACAGAUCUUGCAAUAUGUUCGCAGGGUGGGCGACCUCCCACAGCCUGCUCCUGAAGAGCCCAUGGACCUCCAGAUUGCAGAGCAGCCUCCAGAGACCUUGCAGCGAGACACUGCAGCCUCCCCAGCCCCAGCCACGACCGCGGAGGAAGCCAUGCCCCAGCAGCGAGGGGAGCCGGAGCACGAGGAACUGCAGCAAGGGGAGCCCCCCGCCCCUGACGCGGAGCCCUGGGCCGCUGCCGUGCCCCCUGAGUGGGUGCCCAUCAUCCGGGAGGACAUCCAGAGCCAGCGCAAGCUCAAGCAGCAGCCUCCGCUCAGCGAUGCUUACCUGAGUGGGAUGCCAGCUAAGCGGCGCAAGACAAUGCAAGGGGAUGGCCCCCCGUUACUUCUGUCAGAGGCCGUCAACAAAGCUGCGAGGGUAGCUGGAGUAAAACCUUUGACAAGCGCUGAGAGCCUGAACAGGGACCUUGCCGAACCGGUGCUGCAAGAUGGCUACCAGCAGCAGUUGAAAUCUGAUCUGCAGGAGAGACUUCAGGCUGAUCCCAGCUUCACUCCUCAACGGUUUCCCAGCGCCCAGCAGGCCUUCGUGGCUGAGGACUCAUAAGACGGGCUGUCCGGAAGUGCUUGGGGCCGAGGCCGGUCCUUAAAGGCUGGCCUCACGACUGUUCAUGUGUGAUGCAGACACCCACUCCUUUCUCAGGCCAAAUAUUUAAAUUCCUUUCCAUUUAUUUUCCCCCAUGGCUGCAGUGACUUUUCUUCCCUUGUGGAGUGCCCAAGCUGCUGCCAAAAUCAGUAAAUAAAACCACAUGUCCAGGA